UUUCAACAGCUAACUUCGUAUCCAAUUCCCGUUCACAACAGACCCGCUCCAUCCAUCUCCUUCCCACUGGGUUUGUCAUCACCUCAACACCACCACCAUGCUUCUCCUCGAAUACCACAACCUCCUCCUCAAGUCGAUUCUCACAGAGCGGUUCGUGGAGGGCGCCAACCCGGUCUCAAUCGACCAGGUGAUCUCCGACUUCGACGGCGUAACCUUUCACGUAUCGACGCCGGAGACAAAAACCAAGAUCCUCAUCAGCAUCAGCAUAAAGUGCUACGCGGAAUUGGUGCAGCAUGGGGCUCAGGAUGUGCUCCAGCGCGAGUAUGGCCAGUACAUUACUACCACCGAGUCGGGUUAUGACUUCAGUCUACUCAUUGACUUGGAGGACCUGCCGGCCGAGGCUGAGGCACGAGACGACCUAAUCCGCCGCGUAUCCCUCCUCCGCCGCAACACCAUGGCAGCACCCUUCGAAAAAGCCAUUGACACGCACCACGGACUCGCCGAGCAAGCCAAAGCAUCGCUCGACGAGAGCGCGCCUGCCGCCACGCAAAGCGAAGUAAUGGUGAUCCGCUACCGCGACGAGGAAGCAAUGUACAUCCAGGCCUCGCACGACCGAGUGACCGUCAUCUUCUCCACCGUCUUCCGCGAGGAGACCGACCGCAUCUUCGGGAAGGUGUUCCUGUCCGAGUUUGUGGAUGCACGGCGUCGCGCGUUACAGACGGCUCCGCAGGUCCUGUAUAUGAAUGAGCCGCCGCUCGAGAUCCGUGGAGUUCCCGGGGUUCUCGAUGCGCAGGGUCAGGGCGCAGGAGAUGUGGGCUACGUGACAUUUGUACUCUCGCCGAGACAUCUUACCCAGCAGCGGCGAGAGGAGAGUAUCAGCCACAUCCAGACGUUUAGGGAUUACUUCCACUACCACAUCAAGGCUGCUAAGGCUUAUAUGCACUCGAGAAUGCGCAGGAGGGUCGCAGACUUCUUGAAGGUGCUGAACCGGGCGAAGCCUGAGGCAGAUGAGAGUGAGAAGAAGGAGAGGAAGACUGCGACUGGAAGAAGCUUCCAGGUCCAGGGAUAGGAAUCUUGAAUACUACGGAAGGGAGCAGCGGUUUAGAUGGUGCAUUGGAUUCAGCGUGGCGAGCAUCUGUGAUAGCAAUACCUUAGUAGCGCAGUAGCUUAUGAUUCAAAAAGUGGACGUGG